UCUAGUUUGAACGGGGAGUCAACUAGAUUUUGCGGCUAUGGUUAAUACAUAAUCAAACCGAAAGCUGGAUUUCUUGGAAUAUUAGAUAUUCGGAGAAUCUUGUUCAUGUGUGAAUAGUGUGCAUUAAUAAAAUUAAUAACCUAAAGUGGGAUCAAAUUUGAUAAAUGAACCGAUAAGUGCUCUUCUUUAAUGGUGGAUCUUUGUAUUUUCCUCUUUGAUAUUCUAUGAAAAAAGACUGAUUGUAUAUUAAGUUGAAAUUGAAUUUAAUUUGUUCCAACAGGAUAAAAAGUGUCCGCCAUUUUGAAUGACAAGAAUAAGAUGGAUCCCGGCUUCACUCUCCAGAACACAGUACGAUGCGGCCUGUGUAAGAAUAACAUAGUACAGAACUACUGUGACUUUUGUCAUACCAACCUAUGUAAACUAUGUAUAGGAGACCAUAUCUCAAAUGAUUAUGACAAACAUAAAGUAGUCCCUUUUCAGGAACGGAAAUCAAGCUUGAUAUUUCCAACAUGCAAAUUACAUUCCAAUAAAACGAGUCAUUUGAAAUGCAAAUCAUGCAAUGUGUUACUUUGUGUUUGAUGUAUUGCAUCCGACGAACAUAAAGGUCACUAUUCAUAGUGCUUGAAGACAUUAACAAGACUAAGAAAGAGUGUAUAGAAAAGGACACUGAAGAAAUAGAAAAGGUUAUUGCUCCGACAUAUGAAGAAAUAAAGAACGAGUUGAUUUACCAGAUUGCAAGUGUAGAUAGAGAAUAUGAGAAAAUCACAAAAUGUAUGUCAGAACAAGGAGAGAUAUGGCACACAGAAGUUGAUAAGGUCAUUAACAAAAUGAAGAAUGAAAUAAAUGAGAUUAAAAAGAAUCACCGCGCCAUAUUGGAGAAGCAUUUAAAUGAAAUCAAACAGAUCAAAUCCUUGAUUGAGGAAAACCUAGUAACUUUAAAUAAUAUUGAGGAAUCAAAUGAGGUAUCGAAAACCGUGAAUUACAGAACAAGACUCAAUGAAUUCAGAAAACUUCCUCCUAAAGUACAUGUCAAGAUGCCAACAUUUUGUUCGAAGCCAAUCAACGGAGAGCAUUUUCAUGAAAUGAUUGGAUCCCUGAAACCUUUCGUCUUAACAUCACAUGAAAACGGUUACAAAAUGAAAUCACCAGAGGUUUCCUUCCGAGAGUUUUUAGACAUACCUGAAACUGUCAGCAUAGUUAAAACAGGGUAUAGGCAUAUCCGUAGUAUUUCUCUUAACAGUGAAGAAAAUAUCUGGACAAGUGGUAAAGUUAAUAAUAUUAUAUGCUUUAAUCCUAAUAGCAAAUGCAAGAAGACCAUUACAACAAAGUCAGGAGAAUGGCCAAGUGAUAUAGCUGUCACAAGUGGUGGAGAUUUGGUGUAUUGUGACUUUAAAAUGAAAACUUUAAAUCAAAUAAAGGAUGGUAAAAUAGAAGAAAUAAUAAGAUUAUGUGGAUGGACACCAAUCAAUCUGUGUGUGACCUUGUCAGAUGAUUUUUUGGUAGCUAUGUGUAGCAAUGACACAACUCAAUCUAAAAUUGUUCGAUUUUCAGGAUAUAUAGAGAAGCAAACAAUUCAAUUCGAUGACAAAGGUAAACCUCUUUACUCUGGGAAUAGUGCAACUAAGCACAUAGCGGAGAACAAAAACCAUGACAUCUGUGUAGCUGAUUGUGGGGCUAGUACAGUAGUCGUGGUUGAUUUGAACGGAAAACCCCGAUUUAUUUACAGCGGUUAUGCACUGGAGUCUAAUACAAAUCAUUUUUUACCUAGUGGCAUUGCAACAGACAGUCAGAGUCGCAUUCUAACAGCAGAUUCCAACAACCAGUGCAUUCACAUCCUUGACAAAGAUGGACUGUUUUUGCACUUCAUCAAAAACAUAAAAAGUCCUCAUGGAUUGUGUGUUGAUAAACUUGACCAAAUUUAUGUUGCCAACUACCUCACUGGAACUGUGAAAAUCGUCAAAUAUCUUAAAGAUAUAACAUGAGACUGCCACAAGCAUGGCGUCUAUUGUCUGUUGCCUGCAAUUGAAGCAAAAAAGACAUCGCCCAAAUCAGAAAAAAGCUCUGUUGUUUCAUUGCAUGUAUUAAAAUUGAACAGCGCUCGUAAGUAGGCACCGUCACAAAGAUAUAUACAACUUUCAAUUUGAUUACAUCCGAUUGUACAUCUAAAACACGUGACUGCCGAAAUUUUCCUAUUGAAAUUUAUCAAAACAUUUUGAUAUAUGAUAGUGUUUUAAACAAAUAAAUAUGUAGCAUUUUAUAGCACGUUUAUCAAUUUGCAUAACAAAUUACAUUUACAUAUCUGUGGUGUGAACUGCUAGUUUUAAAUACAUCCAAAUUAAAGAGUGUCUAAAUGAAGUAUGUAGAACACUAAGGCUAGGGAAAUACAGAAUGUGUUAAAGCACUGUUACAUGCAUGUUCUUAUGACUAAAGGAUUGUAACGAAAUUCACAAUUUGUACAAGAAAUAGUUCAAUACAUAAAUAAAGCUUUGAAAAAGCAUAUACAGGCAACAAUAAAACAGAGUUUUUGCUUGUGUGCAUAUUUUGAUAAUCGUUCCUUUAUUUCGUCUACUGACACAAGUUUGGUGCUUACAUUUAGAACUUGCUCUUUUGUACGUCCAACCAAAUGAAAUAAGAUAUAUGACAUACCUACACAAGUAUAUACGACGGUAACCGUUCUCCUCCUUUAAUCAAGUAAAAGGCUAAAAAUCAUUCAAAUCAGAUUUUUCAUCCUCGAUUGACUUCUAAAUUUCUGUUUUCAUUUAACAUAUUUUUGUCUUUUAAUUUGGCAUUAUCAAUCAUAAUGACAUGUA